UUCCUUUCAGCCAGCUCACUACUUCAAAACUUGUGAGGGCUACUUGGACUGUCAACAUCUGUCAACAUGCUACUCCGGACCUUGCUGUUGUUUCUCUGUGUAUCCUUAGGUCUAUGUGCUACUUUAAGCCUUAUGCACAUGCAAGCAAAAGAUGAAGAUACUCAAGACCCAACUGCUGUUUUGGACACUCAAGACCCAACUCCUGUUUUGGACACUCAAGACCCAACUCCUGUUUUGGACACUCAAGACCCAACUCCUGUUUUGGACAAUGUAGUAGAGGCUGUGGAAGAAAACAUACAAGAAACUGAAGCAACCGCAGAUGAGAAAAACAAUGAUGCAUCUCCACCUGAAGAAGAAAAUGGUCUACUUGAAAAAUUAAUGGAAAAUGAUAAACAAAUAGAAGUGGACAUAGAAGUACCAGAAGAUGUGAAUGCUGCUAUAGAGGAUAAACACACAGAAGUGGACAAAGAUGUACCAGAAGAAGUGAAUGCUAUUAUAGAGGAUAAACACAUAGAAGUGGAUAAAGAAGUACCAGAAGUGACAGCUGCUACAGAGAAUGUGGUUCCAACUCAGGAGGUUGUGACCGAUAGUGACAAAAUAGAAGGCAUGGUAGAAGCCAAUGUGGUUGAUGCUCCAAUUCAAGACCCCCUUCCUCAAGAGGAGGACAAUGAAAUCAAGGCUAUUCAGGCAGAAGAAGUCCCAAAAAUGCCAGAAGAACAAAGCAGCAGAUGGAGCUUUAACUCAAUCAGGAGCAGUUUCCAAAAUAUGAACGGGUAUUUUGACUCUCUGGUGGAGCUCGUAGGGGGGAGAAAUGGAGUGUGUGAGUACCGCUGCAGAUAUGGAAAAGUCCCUGCCCCUCGUCCCGGAUAUCAGCUCCCAGAGCCCAACGGCUGCAGCUCGUCUCUGGUGGGAUUCCAGGUGAAUGCUGCUCUGGACCUGGGGAUUCCUGCCAUGACUCAGUGCUGUAACCAACUGGACACCUGCUAUGACACAUGUGGCACCAGCAAGUAUGACUGUGACUCCAGCUUCCGCACCUGUCUCCACGGCAUCUGCUCCGACCUCAAGAAGAGCCUGGGACUGGGCACACAAUAUCAAACCUGUGAAUCAAUGGCAGAUGGACUAUUCAACACAGUUUGGACUCUCGGUUGCAGACCCUACAUGAACAGCCAGAGGGCGGCGUGUAUCUGCGAAGAAGAGGAGAAAGACGAACUGUGAGGAACUGAAAGCACACAACAGAGACACUGAGGUAUAAUGUAGCAGUAGUUCCUUCACUGGUUCAAAGUGUGGGAACUGAAAUGGACACAAAACAAAUAUACACAUCUGAAAAGUUGUAUAAGCUUUAUUUAUGCAGUAUCUUCUGAGUGUGGCUAUGAAUAUUAAGUGGCCACUAAGGCAUAUUCCACUCUCCAUUCAUUUUCCUAUGACUCCAUUUACAUAAAUUACUUUGACUCCAAAGUGUGUCUGAUGGGAAGGAUAUUAUACUUGGAUUAAUUUCCUUUUAGAUAGAUUAUUAAAACAAGUGACAAGUUCUAUGCUGUUACUUAACAUUUAUCAAACAUAAACUG